AUGUACCAAUGUCUCUAUCGAGGAGAAUUGAUCUGCAACAUCCAGUCGCUGUCUAAUGCCGUCGUCGUAGACGUUAUUUGGGGCACGACCCGCCAAAUCGGCUGGCAUUUCGGAUUCAAGACUCUAUACAUGCCCCGGUCUCAAAUCCGAGGACGCAUUGGCCGGGAGGAUUGGACAGUCGCUGAGACAGAGUGA